CACCCCUCCCGCCCUCCUGCUUCUGCAACACGGAGACGCAAGAGGAAGAUGGUCGGAGGAUAAAGUCUCCUCCAUCUGACGACACGCGCUCCGGAGGGAUCCGCGCGCCGGCGCUUUCCGCGUGCGCCGCCUCGGCGUGAAUGGACGAAUUAUAAGCAGAGAGCCGUUUCGCAACCCUGCCUUCUCGUGCUCGCAGGGCGCGUGCGGUCUGGGAUGUAUUUUUCCACUCUGUUAAGUUAUUCCGUGCGCGCACUUGCACUUUGAACCCAAAGGGCGCAUCAGCUGUUCCCGAGUGUCUCGUUCAAACGGCGCUGAUUGAUCUGCAGGGGAGUUCGCGCGCCAAGGAGGGCUGUCGGAGCGACUCCUGCCGUCUGUGGGGGGUGGAUCUCCUCCUCCAGACAAGCGGCGGACUCUGCGCUACCGCCUCUCCCCUCCUCCUCCUCCUCCGCCACAGCAAAACCCAGAACGAAAGGAGGAGGUGAAGAUCUGGACGCACGCGCUGGUAAAAUGACGAUGUCUGUCCCAGAGAGGAAAUCGGGAUCGGAGGGGAAGGAGGAAGAAAGCGAGGAUGAGAGCGAGAUCCUGGAGGAGAGCCCGUGCGGCCGCUGGCAGAAGCGCAAGGAGCAGGUCAGCCAAGGUAAUGUCCCCGGUGUGGAGAGUGCGUCUCUGGCCAUGGACACGGAGGAGGGCGUGGAGGUGGUGUGGAACGAGGUGCUCUUCUCCGAUAAGAAGGUCUUCAAAGCUCAGGAGGAGAAAAUCAAGGAGAUGUUUGAGAACUUGAUGCAGGUGGAGCAUCCCAACAUCGUCAAGUUCCACAAGUAUUGGCUGGACAUGAAGGAGAGCCAAGCCCGGGUCAUAUUUAUUACUGAAUACAUGUCAUCGGGCAGCCUGAAGCAGUUCCUGAAAAAGACCAAGAAGAACCACAAGACCAUGAACGUGAAGGCCUGGAAGCGAUGGUGCACCCAGAUCCUGUCUGCACUCAGCUACUUGCACUCCUGUGACCCACCAAUAAUCCAUGGCAACCUGACCUGUGACACCAUCUUCAUCCAGCACAACGGCCUCAUCAAGAUUGGCUCAGUGUGGCAUAGACUUUUUGUUAACGUGUUUCCGGACACCAGCGUUCACAGCAAAGGGAGGCAGCAUCGCGACGAGCAGAGAAAUCUUCAUUUUUUUGCUCCGGAAUAUGGAACGAGUGAAGAUGAUUACUCCAUAGACAUUUUCUCCUUCGGAAUCUGUGCUCUAGAGAUGGCAGUUCUGGAGAUUCAGGCCAAUGGAGAUGCUGCUGUGUCUAAGGAGGCCAUAGUGAAUGCAGGCCAAUCUCUGGAAGACCCUCUCAUGAGGGAGUUCACGCAGUCUUGUUUACGUCAGGAUCCCAAGCACCGUCCGACCGCCCACGACCUUCUGUUCCACCGGGUCCUGUUUGAAGUCCACUCCCUCAAACUGCUCGCCGCCCACUGCCUCAUCAACAACCAGUACUUGCUUCCAGAAAACUGUGUGGAGGAGAAAACAAAGUCGUUUGACCCCAACGCCGUCAUGGCGGAGAUUAAACACGACGAUCGGCCGGGAGUUCAGCUCAAGUAUUCCCACGUCUCCCCUUUGGAGCUUGACAAGUUCCUGGAGGACGUCAAGAACGGCAUUUACCCGCUGAUGAACUUCGCUUGUGCUCGACCUCACCCUGUUCCCCGAGCGCUCUCCUUGUCUCAGGAGCAGGUGGAGACGGUGAAGACGCCCACCCCUGAACCCCAAGAGACCGAGACAAGGAAGGUUGUUCAGAUGCACUGUAACUUGGAGUCCAACGAAGAAGGGACCAAAACUCAUGUGAGUCACUCAGUACUGCAGCUCUCUUUAUUUCUGAAGAUGGACGAUAAACUUCAUAGACAGCUUAGUUGUGACAUUCUUCCAACUGAUUCCCCGAAAGACCUUGCCUGUGAACUUGUUCACUACGCCUUCAUAAACGAGGAGGACGUUGAGAAGGUGGCGGGGUUCCUGGAGGACGCCAUCAGCCGACACCGAGUCCGGGCGCUCGCCACUGGGAGCACACAAUGAGGAGGGGUUCCCGAGCAGCGGCUCGCCGAGUCAGGAGGUCCGGGGGGCGUUGACCACACGGGUGGAGAAAGGACGGGGUCACAGCCACAGAGCAUGGAGCGGAGCACCCAGCUGGGGGGUGAAAGGGGGCAAACAAUGACAGAUUCUGAGCCUUCAGUCAGUGAAUUAUCUCGGAAAGAGAAGUGAGAAAUCAACCUCGGCCAUCGUUGGAGACACAAUUGCUGAGUCCAGCAACCCCACCCAGAAGUGGAAGAUCAACCAAGUGUCUGCCUAAAAGGGCUACCAUGCCUUAAUAUAUCUUUAGAUUUUAAUUAAUUAAUUAACGCCACUAAUGAAAACACAUGUUUUUUCUUACAGUUUCAGUUAUUCUUUUUCAGAAGGACCUUGAAUUAUUAUUAUUAAUAUUAUUCCAAGCCUCGUUUGCACUCCAACACCUACUUUUUCAUUGAAGUGUAAACUUCCUGCAAGCCUUCAGUUCAGCUCAUCGCCGUUUUAGGAAUUUAAUAUUCCGUCCUUCAUGCACUUGUAACACAUUCAGUGGACUUAUUUAUUUUUUUAUAUGUAACUGUGAACAAUAGAAGCAUUGCACAAGCUUGGUUCUUCCUUUUUUCCCCCCGUCCCUCUGUGUUUUUGACCUGCAGAACAACCCUCAUCUCCACUACAUUCCUGGGUAGAAGUUCCUUCUUGGAGCAGCUUAAAAACCCAUGAUUAAAUGCAACAGUGAGCAAAGAGACGAUGCCUCGCUUCCAUCCUGCAGUGCUCUUAAGGGUUUUCCUUGUGAACGCGUUCUGAAAGCCAAAGACUUGCAAAGUGCCUGAAAUGGCAGUGCAUUUUGGACAAAAUAUUUCAAUAAGAAUUAAGGCACCAUGCCCAACUUUCCCAUUUAAUAUUUAAAUUAUAUAUAUAGAUUUAUUUUUUAAAGCUUUCCACAUUCUUACAAUUUCCUUAUUUUCUGUUUGAGAACAUUUGGAAGGCUUGUUAAAGCUACAUUGAACGCAUAGAUAACAGGUCUCUGCUGCAAUCAAUAGUGACAGGGACAUAUGGUUGGUAAAUAUAAUAGCUUAAUUUAUUUUAAAUAAAGUGUAAAUAUUGAGGGAGAUAUUUGAAAGGCAAAACAGGCGAAAGUUACUCCAAGAUAUUUACAUUUUCUAUUAUUUUUAUCAAAAUAUUAGCGUCAAUAACAAGAAUGUAGGCAGUUGAAAUAAGCAUUUAAUUUCCAGAAUUCAAUUAGAUUUUUUUUUCAUAGUGUCAUUUAUAACUGUGUUGUAGCCAGCACUAAUGCAAAAACAAGAUUUUCUGAUUUUUUUUUUUCAAUAUUUUCUUUUUAGAAGUUGGUUUUGAACAGGUAAAAUUAGAUUUGGGUUAUUUUGCCUUAAAAGCAGUCAAAAGAAAACACACUAAAGGUUGUGUAACCAAUGUUCCACACUUUUUGCUUCCUCUCCGGCUCAUUUUGCUCUACUUCUUUUGCUUUCUAGAUAUGUAAAGUUGCAGCUUCAUCACAACAAAGCUGCUGUACAGUCAUUGCUUACAGUCUUUGCUCUAUUCUGCUUUAUUGAGCUUAUUUACCGGUGUCUUCAAAAGCGACUGCUCUGAAUUCUCCCACACACUGGGAUUGUGGUAUAUAUAUUAGUUUGUGGCUAUCAGAUGGAUUUUAUGUUGGACAAACCUACAAUGCAAUGCAGUGCCACUGUUGCUCUCAUUUGAUCGUGUAAGCUGCAUGUCUUAAUAACUUGCAACCAUCCAAACUCUGCAUUUUGCCUUUGUCAAUAACAGUUGAGUUCCAGAUGGGAACAGAAAAUUGAAUGUUGAGACUGUGCACACAUGAUUGCAUAUCAGUCUUAUUUUAUGUGGGUAUUACUUUUUGACCGUGUUGAACUUUAAAACCUGCCUUUUGGUGUCUUCUUCUUAAACCUUUGUUAACUAUUGUAGCACCUGGAAACAAAAUAGGAUAAAUCGAAUGUGUGACAUGCUGGUUAUGGCUGGAAAGUGUUUGCAUUGUCAUAGAAAGCAUGAUCUACAUUUUUCUGCAAUCCUCUGAAAGCUGCCGUUUAACUGUAUUUGAGAUGUGAAUAAAAAGAAUUGUCUAAACCUAAAUAUACGAUAAAUUUCUUAUCCUAGUUGAUGCGUUCUUUGCUUUUACCGUUACCUUAAUAAAAAUCUGAUCAUUUGGAGUUAUAAUUACAGAUUAGAUAUGUUUGCAAGCAUUUCAGGGUUAAAAAAUCCAAUUGUGUAAAUUGAAAACUCAAACUUUGUUAUGUAUUUUUACCAUAUUGUCUAUAAUUGGUGAAACUGUUGAUGCUCACAGUCAUAGAAUUCUACUGGUUUGUAAAUCGAAACAUUAGACCAAAACCAUUGAAUUAUUUGCCCUUACUAUGUAAUUUAUGAAGAAUAAAGUACAGCAGGCUUUCAUGCAUCUGUUCGAAUUUUUGCUUUAAGCUCAAAAUCUGACUCGUAUUAUCUAUUUUGCUUAAUAUUGUGUUUUUUGUCUUCUUUUCCUGACUUUUAAAGGUUUCUGGUCAGAUUUUGUAUGCCUGUUGUAAACACUCAUUGAUAAAAGGCUUUCCAAUAGAA